UUGGAGGUGGUUACUUUUGAAGCAAAAUCAGCAAGGUAACGAGAUAAAUCAAAGCUGCCCAAAAUGAUACCAACAAGAGUGCUAAGAUCUGGUUCUCACCAUGCGUUCAAGUAUGUGCGUCAUGCUAAAAUCGAAGCUCCAAAACAUUCAUUGAGUUUUACUUUGAUAUCCAAAGGACUAGGUGCUACAUUUUGGUUCUGGAUUUUUUACAGACUCAAAGAAGAUGGUGCAGUUAUGUUUGGAUUUAAACAUCCAUGGGACCAUUAAAUGUUAUUCAUCUAAAAUUUUAAUUCUUAUGGCUUUACCUGUAUUUUUUAAUUAGAGGAUAUAGUAGCUCUAAUUUUGAUAUAGUGAUUUUAUUCAUAUUCUAAAUAUAUUUUUAUGAAAUUCAUUGACAAUGUUUUAUUUAGAUUAUUUUUAAUGGAAC